AUGGCCCAGUCAUGUUCCUCGGAGACUUCCUCCUCCUCUACUAGUAGUACGGCUGUCCUCGCCGGAGUGGCAGCCGUGGGGACCACCAUGACACUGCUGUGGCUCAAACACAAAAUCGACCAAAUGGCAAAAAAGGCAGAAACGUCUCCGUUUCCAGGCAUUCCCACAGCACCGCAAGGCCAUUGGCUUUUAGGGCAUUUGCCUAGGAUGGAACUUCCCGAUGGAUUCCAAGGAGUGAAACACUGUUGUCACGAUUAUGCGGACACUAAAACUGGCUUGUGUGCCAUUUGGGCUGCUACGGAACCCGUCAUUUCGGUACUAUCGGGUAAAGAUGCCAAGGCCAUUCUCAUGGCCAGCAAGACCAAACCCGAUAUCCGUAUUGUUGCCCUGCAUUUCCAAAAGUUUUUGGGCGCGAAAAACUUGCUCUCCAUGAAAGGCAAGGAAUGGAAACUCUAUCGAACGGCUGUGCACAAAUCCUUUACACCCGCCAUGAUGGAACAGUCGCAACAGACUAUCACCAAGGUGGGAAAUACUCUGUCGGAUUCUUUACUCUGUGCUUUGCAACAACAAUCCAACAACAGUGAAACAAUUCAAAUGGAAAUCCAUCCCUUGAUGAAAAUGGCUACUUCGGAUGUCUUUUUUGAAACCAUGGUGGGGAUCGACAUUCAGGCGUGUCAAAAAUUGGAAUUGCCAGUCAUGGCGACAUCGUUUGAAUUCUUGGCGGCCGAAUUUCAGCGGCGGAUUGGAGAUCCAUUUGAUAUGGCCGCUUCGCUGUACUGCAUUCCCACAAGUGCCAAUCGACAGCAUGCCCGCACCACCAAGACUGUUAGAUCGUUCAUUAUGGAUCAUUUGACAAAGGCGAAACAACAACAACAGCAACAAACAUCAACCAAUAACAAUGUCCUGUUGGAAAUUUGGAAGGCGGCAGAAAAGGAAGCCGCGGCAGUGGGAGAAAGUGUCAACAUGGAGGCUGUCUGCGAUGUCGCCAUGACACUGUUCUUUGCGGGGUAUGAUACUACCAGCAGCACCCUGGCGUAUACCAUCUACUUGUUGGCCAAGCAUCCAGACAUCUAUCAAACUUGUCGGGAAGAAAUUGAUGCUGUGCUUGGCAACAACACUGGCACCAUUACAGGACCGGAACAGCUGCCGUACACGCAGGCAGUCAUCUACGAGUCUCUGCGAUUGCAUUCUCCCGUGGAUUUGAUUGCACGCAGUUUGGAAAAGGACACGACACUGCAUGGACAUGUCUUUGAAAAGGGGACCACUUGUUUCCUUCCCCUCAUGCUGAUUCAGCAACAUGAAAUGAACUUUUCCCAACCACUGGAAAUGAGACCCGAUCGAUGGGUUCGACCCACAACAAGAUCGGCGGAUGACAACAAGAGCCACAAGAGCCAAUGGGAAGACCGACCAUCGGAUGAUACUGCAAGCAGUGACAUUGCUCCUGGGAAUAGAGAUGCCCUUGUGGCAUUUUCCAUGGGAGCACGCAACUGUGUUGGACGUAAUCUGGCCAUGAGGGAAGCCGUCACAUUGCUGGCUUGCCUGCUCCACAAGCUCCACUUUGAACUGGUCAGUCCAUCCUAUGAAUUGAAACCGGUCUUGAAAUUGAUCAAUCAACCGGGUGAUGGACUACCCAUGGUCGUCAAAGCCAGACAAUAA